ACUCAUUAUGUCAAAACUCAUUAACGUCAAAGUCCUCCUGGCCUCGUACAUCCUUACCUUCCUGGUCGGCCUGCCAGCCAACAUCCUGGCGUUCUACGCCUUCAGCCGAAAGGCCCGCGACAAUCCCACCCCGACGGACAUCCUGCUGCUCAACCUGACCUCGUCCGACCUCCUCUUCCUCCUCUUCCUUCCGCUGAAGAUGUAUGAGGCCAGCCAAGGCCUGCAUUGGUACCUUCCUCACUUCCUCUGCUCACUCACCUCCUUCGUCUUCUUUACCACCAUCUACACAAGCAUCCUUCUGCUGGCCGCCGUCAGUGUGGACCGCUUCCUGGCCGUAGCCUUCCCCAUCCCCUACCGGCAGCUCCGCAAGCCACGCUACGCCAUCUGUGCCAGCGCCUUCGCCUGGUUUUUCAGCGCCGCCCAUUGCAGCAUCGUCUUCGUGGCCGAGCACCUGCUGGCCAAUGCCAGCAUCACCAAGAACGUCUGCUACGAGAACUUCACCGCCGAGCAGCGCCGGAUCCUGGUGCCGGUGCGCCUGGAGUUCUUCGUGGUGCUCUGCGUCCUGCCGCUGCUCGUCUGCGUCUUCUGCUACAUCAACUGCAUCCGGAUCCUCUACAGCCAGCCGCGUAUCUUGCCGGAGCGCAAGCGCAAGGCUAUCGGCAUGGCCGUGGGCACUCUAACCGUCUUCCUGUUCUGCUUCUUGCCCUAUAACUCGGCCCACCUGGUGGGUUUCCUGUAUGACAACAGCCCAGACUGGAGGUACUACACCUUACUCCUCAGCACUCUCAACACCUGCCUGGACCCCAUCAUCUUCUACUUCUCCUCCAGCACCUUCCGGAACACCACCAAGGUGUCAGUCUUUAAGAUGCUGAGGCUCCCCAGGAGGGAGAUAUUGCGGAAGAGCAGUCAGGGAAGUGACUGA